GGAGAUGCUGUAAAAGUUACGUCGAGGGGCCGUGGUCGUUGCUGAGUAAGUCCUGGAGCUGACACUGUGAGCUUGAUCUAGCGAACGGCUACAUACUCAAAUCUUCAAGAUGUGGAGUGGAGGCAAAGCGCGCCCCAGUUCCUUAUUGAGCACGCCCUCAUGCGAGUGAGAGCAUUGACCGUUGUGUGAGAGGUCACCAACCCGGAGGACGGGCGAACCACAGCUCAGAAUCUACUACAGAUUGUGAGCGCUUUCACCUCCAAAAGCCUCGAGCAAAUUGGCGCCGAUGAAUCUUGGGUAGGCUGUGAAAUCGCGAGCGUCUCAGCCGCCAUGAGAAAGAUGAAAAAGUUGCUCCACUCAAGUAAGCGCUCAGAAUCUGCGGUGCGACAGUGUCCCGAGACAGAGAGAGAUCGUAUAAAGAUGAUCGCUGUUUCACCCGAAUAGUGAUAUGGAAUCUGGCUAGAGACAGGGAGAGAACCCGGAAUGAUCCUGUUGUCGAACGGCUAUACAUACAGAAGAGAGGAGACGUAAGUGAGGGCGCGCUAUCCUUUGUCUUUUUGAACCUCUGGAGUAUCGACUGCCGGGUUUGAUUUAAUUGCAAUGUUCGACUUUUUUUCAUUCCACUCAGCAGGAGGCAAGAUAACAACACACCGCAUCUUUACAGCUUCCCUCGAUGUGGGGAAUCAGCACUGGACGUGUGUUUUCUCUGAGAAUGUGCAGAUGGCGCUUGCUGCCAAGAUUCAUAGAUACAUCGACACCAACUGUUUCAAGAAUAUCCGAGACCAAGAGACUAGUCCCGGCCAUAACUCAUAAUACGUAUACGCAACUUGACCAAGGUAGAAGGCAAACCUGAAUCAGAUCUCCCGAAGCGAAGGUCGCCUACGCGAACAUUGCGUUGGUCCAUGUUGAGUUUCUCAGUUGACUUCCCAAAAAAAAACACAACCAUUUAUUCCAUGUUGCUGGAGCAUAAAACAUCACGCCGCUCAGGGCCCUAGUGGAGGGACAAAAUCUCACAUGGUGGGGCUUUGCUUGACCUGGGGACGGAAUGAUUCUUUGUAAUCCGGUGGGCAAACACGACAACGGUAGAGAAUUUCGAAAGACAAACGGCAGAGAUUCAUAUGGAAUACUGUAGAGGACUCUACUGCCGCAAUUCUGGAGUUCGAGAUAUGAGGAUGGCGCUUUUUGGCAGACAUCAAGCGAUGCGACUGAUGUUGAAAGGCUGGCUACUGAUGUUGAGUGGCACGGAGUUACUGCUGAGCUCGGGUGUCUGCUCCUUCGUGUCGAUGGGGAGGUUCAAGGCAGGGAGGUUGAUGCGGUCUGAGGUCAAGGGAGAUGAAGGAAAUGUUUGGACAGGCCAGGAGCGGCCGAGUCUUCUCCCUAAGUGGCAAAGUAUUCUGAUGGCUCUCGAGACAAAGGGCAGCCUUUUCCUAUUUCUUUGAUCAUGGGCGAAUUCUGAUUACGUACCUGGCUGGAAGGAAUAUUUUUCUUAAGGUGCUGGCUCUAGCAUUCGGUCAACAGAAGCAUUUGGCUGCCUGAUUCCUCCUCCAAGCACUUGCAACUUAGGGUCUCGGAGUGGUAUCUCUCUUAAGGUCUCAGGCGGGCUGUCUUCCAGGGUGCGAUUGCUUCUCAUCGAGACUUUCGAGUUAAGGCUACUUUUGGGAGCAUCAACACUCCUGAUCAGCUGCAACUGGUCCUCGAUUGUAGAGAAAAUUGGGCGCACUGUCAUCAAUGGUUCAGAUUUUGGGAGCUUGAGAACUGUACUACUCUCCGAAGUCCAAUUGGGGUCCUGGGUCUCAUCGUCCUAACGCCGGUACUUCAAUGUGCUGAGUUGUUGUCAAGGCUGCAAUUUCUUCUCAAGAGAGCUUGCCGGUGCUGUGAAAUUUUUAGAGAUCGUUGAAUUUCUUCGGGAUGACUCUUGAAAGAUCAUGAUCAGUCAUGGCGUUCUGUAGGACGGAUCGAUUUUAGUGGCCUUCCAAGUUUUAGAUUUUGGAGUUGAUCUCCCGCAUGUCUUCAGCCUUUCACAGAGGAGUUAGCAUUGCAAUUUUCGUCGUACGCCGUAUCGUCGCCAUCUCGGUCGAAACAAAUCCACUGCGCAGGAGCUAGCGGCUGGUCAGGAAAAGAUGCCGAAACCGUCGAGCUGGUUAUCAUCCCUCAGAAAGGCAAUUCAGCACCAUGUGAACGACGACAUAGAUUACUCGAGAUUUCAGCACCUCCCGCACGAGAAGAAAGCGAGCAGGAGCAACUCGGCGUCAUCGAACCCGCCCAGUCCGGCCAUAGCGAGAUCGACCAACAGCAACGGCGCCGGCGGAAGCACGAGGAGCAACCGGAGCACCAAGAGCGACCGGAGCGACAGCAGCGCUGCCACGAAGGAGUUCUUCCCCGUGAGCGAGAAAUGCAAAACCCCGCAAUCGCCCGCCGACGAUCGUAUGAAGAAGAGGCCGUCCGUGGCGGUGGCGGACGUCUCCGCCAUCGUCCGCAGCACCGGCGGAGCCGCCGGUGUGCGCCGGAUGCUCGAGGAGUGGGCUGCCAUCACAAUUCAAACGGCGUUCCGCGGCCUGUUGGCGCGCCAGGCGCUCAAAGGCCUCAAAGGCCUCGUCCGCCUGCAGGCGCUGGUGCGCGGCAAUUUGGUCCGCCGGCGGAUGCACGCGUUGGUUCGAAUCCAGGCGCGCGUGCUGACGCGCCGGAGUCGACCGCCCAAGUACGUGUCCAAGAGCGUUGACAGCUACCCGGUGAAGCCGAAGCAGCUGUCGGGCAAUUUGGUGUGGCACUCGAGGGACGAGUGGGACUACGGCACGAACAACAUGCACCUGGCCACGGUGCCGGCCGACGCGACCGACAAUCCCAAGGUCAAGAAGCAGCUCGAGGAGGCCAAGCGGCGCGAGCGGGCGCUAGCCUACGCCGAGCAGCUGGCCGCGCAGGCCAAGGACCGGCAGGACGCCACGUCGAAGCGGGAGCGCGCGCUGGCCUACGCGCUGCUCCUGACGCUAUCGAAUGACGGCAAAGAAUUGGACGGCGACGACUUCGCGGACAUGGAAUACGCCGUGGGCAACAUUUACUGAUUUGAACAUUUCAUGGCGGACCGUCGCU